AUGAGCGGCAAGGCAUUAUCCAGCAGCGGGCUGGCCGCCCUCAUUGCGGCCUCCACGCCGGCCAAAGGCAGCAGCGCAGCAGGCCACAGCAAGGACCAAUCACAGAGCUUCGCGUCACCCUCGUUCCUGUCGCCGGCGCCCGCGUCCGCCACCCAGAAGCCGCACAGCAAACUCACACUGGGCGGCCAGCCGGCGCGCAAGCUCAAGGCCAUGAAGCGGCCGCUGGGCGCCCACCAGGGGCUCUCCACGCCCGCGGCGCACCACAAGACGCUGGACAAGAAGCCCAAGAAGCUCAAGCUCACGCCCAGCAGCACCAACAGCAGCCAGAAGGAGAGCGGGCUGAAGCCCCCCAAGAAGGCAACAGGUUCCUCCUCCUCCUCUUCAGCCCAGCACCGCGUGGGGCUCUCCAAGUCCGCGCGCGUGCUCGAGGACAUCUCGAACCGGAGGAACGCAGAGAAGCUCAAGGCCAGCGGCGCGUCGUCCACGCUCAGCCACGACCCGACGAGGAAGCUGGAGUUCCCCACGCCCGUCAAGACGCAGAGCAGCGACAAGAAGACGGUGAAAGAGCAGCAGCCCGUCAGCAGCAGCUCCUCGUCUUCGUCCUCUUCCUCCAGCUCGGAAGAGGAGGGAUACUCCAGUGACGAGGCGGAGGUGACGUUCGACGCGGCCACUAUCGGCAACAUGCGCGUGGUGCGGGAGGCCCUGGCGCAGAGCCCCGCGCUCUCGACUACGAGCACGUGCUCCGGCAUGGCGCCCGUGGGACUGGAGUACCAGUUUUCGGUGUCGUCCACUGUGUCGUCCGUGGCUGUGGCCCCGAACGGCAAAUUCCUGGUGGUGGGCUUCUACAACGGCAUGGUGUACCUCUACCCGCUGACCAAGGACUCGUUGGUGUUCAGGAGGGGAGUGCUGCUGGACCAGAUCAUGCCACGCGGCAUGUACACGCAGAUUAUGGUGACGGUGGCCAUCCCGGAGGACGGCAAGUUCAUCUUUGCAGGUGUGUACCGUGGUUCGACGGACAUUCGUGCGUUUGAGGUGGAUAGCAUCACGCUGCCGUCGUCUACGGACCUGCAGCAGUCGAGCAGCGCCUCGUCCUCGCUGCUGACCAGUGGUGACAGCGAUGACAGUGACGCGGAUGACGAUGAGACUGGUGUGUUUGGCUUGCCGAGUGCCAAAGUGGUCUCGCACACUUACUCCGAUGCCAAGCUGAAGGGUUUUGCUGCAGCGAAGAGCCUGUACCUCAAGGGGAGCAAGAAGACCGAGUACCGGUUGCUCUGCGGUAUCGGCAUUAAGAACGUGCACAUGUGGCGGUUCUACCAGAAGAAGACGGAGAACGAGGGCUAUGAGUGGAGCUGGGAGUGCGUGUUCGACAAGCAGACGAAUGGCAUCUCGCUGGAGUUCAUUACGUUCCACCCGACCAUCGCCAAUCAGUUUAUUUCCAAGUCGGAGCACCAGAACGUGCGCAUCUGGCACCUGGAGGAGGAGUACGACGCGUCGGAUAACUCGGUGACAAUUACGAAGAAGUCGCACACCGACGUCAAGCAGACCACCGACACUGUGGCUGUGUACGGAGACUACGCGUACGGCGGAAGCGAGUCCCUUGCAGUUGUUGACCUCCAGUCUGCUAGCCGCAUGGACCUGGACCUGCCGUUGUCCGCAAAGGAGCAGCGCGCCCAGCGCGAAGCUGCAAUUACCUCAAGAAAUGCUAGCUCGCUGCGUGCGUGGAACCCCCGUGGAAGUCGCCGACGAGGUGCGGAGGACACGAGUGCCCAGCGUCAUAUGCGUACAGUCAGCAAGGUUGCAGGCCAGGACGCCUCGCCCUUCACUGUGGGCAUGUGCAGCGAUGGCAGCGUGUUCUUCCACCAGCCGAAGAAGGAGACAGGUAUCGCGACUCCCCUGGACUACAUUGAAGGCUACGAGCAGUUCUUCGUGGACCCGUCGCUUGACUUCCAAGCGCAGUUCUCGGACCUCACUCGCGUGAACACCAGCGGGCUCCUUGCCGUGCUUCCUCUGCCUGAGAGCGAGAAGGAGAGGUGGAUGGUAGUGGCUGCGAAUCAGGACCAGAUCCUCGUGCGCAGCUUGGAGGCCUUCCUGCACCGCAACAACCAGAAGCGGGAAUACUCACAGGUUAAGAGUGACCUGCGUAACGUAAUGCGAGACCUGGGUGGCGCGGAAAGCACGGCAAGCACGGCGUCCCCGGUCGUAUCGAUCUCAUCGUCGUCUGAGUCGUCAAAUCCCAACACACCUGAGCAGCCCGGACUAUCGAGGGUAGAGAGACAGUUGCUGGCACUGAAAGAACUGCAGUGGACGCCGCCUCGCGCGGCCGCGAAGGCCCGAGAGAACAAUCAGGAGGAGCUCACAGACUCGGCUGUGGAUGCGGCGGCAGUUCUGGCUCAGCUGAGUUCUCGCAGCAACCAUGCGGAGGGCAAGUCCAAGACUGUGCCCAGCGGAAAGAAGACUGGUCACCGCAUGAAGGCUCAAGCUUUGUUUACUGAUGAGGUCACCGAGGACCAGGAGGACAACGCAGUGGUUGUGAAGGAGUCCCAAAAGGAGGCUGAAAUCGUGUCUUCGGCGACCAAGAAGCCGGCCGCCAACAAGCGCGGACGCUCUGGAUCCAAGAAAUCGGCGCGCGCGGAUAGUGAGAAGGACGUGGACGAGCCUGAGAACGGGGACAACCAAAUUGAGUCGCCGAAGUCCGUUGAGGAAGUGGACACAUAUGACGAGCUGGACGAUGAGCUGGAGCAGUUGGAGCAGUACGAGCCUGAGUUCGUGUCGGUGCCUCUAGUCAGCGACAACGGCUCCCUGUUGUCGGCAUCCAUGUACCUGUAUGCUGGUGCGCCUGUGCCAAGCUGCAGCGAUGUCAGCAUGGUCGACGCAGACGAAGACACUGCGGCCGAUUAUGCCGCUGCGGCGAGCGAGCAGACCAACUUGCUGCUUCAGUUUUCCCAACAGAAUGAGCGGCUCAAGAUGAACUUCUUGGCUGAGCGUGAGCGGAUCUACAAGCACCCGGACUGCAGCUGUGCGUCGCAGUCGCAGUCGAAGAAGUCCUCGUCCAGCUCAAUCGGCGGUGUCAACUGGCGGCGGAACGUGGCGCACGACUACCUCAAGCGCAAGCAGCUGAAGCGGCGGCACAAGAAGGCACUUGCGGCCAAGCUGCAGCAGCUCCACGCUAGCUACGCCGUGCAGAUCCAGGAGCUCUUGGCGGUGCAGCAGAUGCAGGCGAACGCCCUGCGAGCGCGGCAGCAGUUUCAGCACCUCCACCUGCAGUUUCAGCGGCAUGCGAGCAAAACCAACAGCGAGUGUUCGCCCUCUCCGUCCACCGUUGCGUCUCCGAUCAAGCACUCGUCGUUGCCCGACCACCUCUCGGGCUCGAGCUUCCCGUACCCCGAUCUCCUAUCCUAA